UAUUUUUCUUUCAAAAAAAAAAUUUAUAUAGGUAUUUGUUUUAAAGCAAAGAGCACCCAAUAUUGAUUCUCUUUUGCUCAAAAGCAUUUGUGUAAAUAAAUUAAACAAAAACAAAAAAAAAUUCCAAUUACGCUUUUACCAUAAACUAGGAAUGAUUUUCUAGAAAAAAAAAAAAAACAAAUCAAUCCUUUCUGCAUGUCGAAAUUGUAGUGAAUCAUCUCUCCUACCAAAACAAGCCAUAAUGCCCAUAGUAAAUAUUCUUAAAAAGGCAUCAAGUCUUAUCCUGGGUGAAGAAAAAUGCGACGAAAAAAUCGAUAAUAUCUACGAAGACAACGAAAUUCUCUUCUGCAAAAACAAUGUCUGUAUCCAUCCGCCGACAGUAGCUCGCCAAGAAUCAGACAUCCUUCAUUAUCCCGGAUACUUGACUGUCACCACUAAAACAUUCAUCGAUCAAUACAACAAUGCCAAACGUCAUACUUUACUCCUCACCUGGAUACCAAAUUCAUCUCUAUGCAAAUGUUCAUCAUCCGAUGAAAAUUGUCCAGCCUUUAUGGCUGCUAUCAAAGCCCAAGACCAAACGGGUCUUGAUCAACAACAUAUAAAUUGCUUAAACAAUUGCAACACUCUGCCAGCAGAUAAAAACGCAAUCAAUGGUGACAAAUCUUCGGAAGACUCCGAAGGGAUUAAUCAAAAAGACGAAAAAGAAGAUGCCGACGAGAUGCGAGAACUAAAGAACGAACUCCAACCUUUAUUGGGUGGAAAUUCUGCAACAAUCGAAGAUUUACAUUCCAUGUUAAAGAAGAACCCAGUUACUUCGGUUAACAUAACCAUUGCCAAUCCAUGCAUUGAGAAUACAACAUCAACUUAUAAUUGUGUUGGCACUGAGCGUGAUAAGAUGCAAUUAUCUGAUUGCUCAGACGAUAACAAUCCCAACUGGAUGACUCCAGAAUUACUAGCUUUCAAACACAAUCUCUCGUUUCCCGAUAGCGCCAAUGCAACUCCGACUGUUAAACGGAAAACUCUAAUCAAAUGUCGGAGAUUUUCUGUUGAUCUCAGUCAAAUGCGAUCGUUGCGUUUGUUCUUUAAUGAUGACAACUGCACUUCGGGUCAGUUGGUCAUAGCUUCUAGGGAAUCUCAAUAUAAGAUUUUGCAUUUCCAUUAUGGUGGUUUGGAUCACCUGGCUCAGGUGCUCCAUCAAUGGCAUUGCUUUUUGCAUAAUAUAACAUUGGCACCGAGUAGCCAGGAGAAACAGAAUCUGCCUUAUCGGCAGUUUAUGGUGUGUCGUCCGGAGGUGAAGAAGUCCGAACUGCAUCCGGAUGAGGGGAAUGUUAAGAAAAUUACAACGAAUUUCUUCUAUGGAACGUUGUUAAAUGAGAAAGGUCAGAUUGAUGAUGAUUUGUUGUUGCGUAAAUGUGUCUUCUUUGGGGGUCUUGAGAAGAGUUUACGCAAGACAGUUUGGCCAUUUCUUCUCAAGUGUUAUUCAUUUGGUUCGACUUUUGAAGAUCGAGCUGUACUGAUCGAUAUAAAACGACAAGAAUAUGAAGAGAUUACGCGUAGACGUUUGUACUCCAUGUCGCCUGAAGAGCAGAUUAUGUUUUGGAAGACGGUGCAGUGUGUUGUUGAGAAAGAUGUUGUUCGCACUGAUAGAUCAAAUCCAUUCUUUUGUGGAGAUGACAAUCCCAAUACUGAAAUUAUGAAAAACAUUCUCCUUAAUUAUGCUUUCUACAACACGGGAAUGUCCUAUUCGCAAGGUAUGAGUGAUCUAUUGGCACCGGUUCUAUGCGAGAUACAAAAUGAGUCCGAAGCGUUUUGGUGCUUUGUCGGCUUAAUGCAGAGAGCUAUAUUCGUAUGCACACCCACUGACAACGAUAUUGAUAGAAACUUAAGCUAUUUGAGAGAAUUGAUACGAAUUAUGUUGCCGAAAUUCUAUGAGCAUCUGCAAAAGCACAACAAUGCAUUGGAGUUACUAUUUUGCCAUCGUUGGCUAUUGUUGUGUUUUAAACGAGAAUUCACCGAAGCUGUUGUUAUUCGAAUGUGGGAGGCUUGCUGGUCAAACUACCUCACAGAUUACUUUCAUUUAUUCCUAUGUCUGGCUAUAAUUGCGGUAUAUGCUGACGAUGUGAUUGCACAAAAUCUACGAGCAGAUGAGAUGCUAUUGCAUUUCAGUUCACUCGCCAUGUAUAUGGAUGGGCAGUUGAUUUUGAGGAAGGCACGUGGUUUGUUGCAUCAAUAUCGUCAAUUUCCAAAGAUACCUUGUACAUUAUCGGGGUUGUGUAAGCGUUGUGGUCCUGGAAUGUGGGAUUCGGAACAUCGACCUGCUCUUGAAUGUAUUGGGCAUACUGAUGAGGAGAAAUGUUCACUUUCAAUCGAUUAAGAUGGAUAGUUUGUUUGAUAGCAUGCAAUGAAUAAUGAAGGAAAAUAAUAAAA